ACCUGACCCUUCAGUGAUAUGGCCUUCACUCUGUGGGCCUUGAUUGAGGCCGGCCUUUUGGUCGUGAAUGCCAUUUGCAUCCUACAUGAACAGCGAUUUUUGGCUAAGAUUGGUUGGGCCAAUGAUGUUAAUUCUCGUGGAUUUGGUGAACAACCCGGAGUCAAAGCUCAACUUCUCAACAUUAUUCAUUCUACCCGAACUGUCAUGAGAAUCCCGUUGAUCUUCAUUAAUAGUGUGGUGAUUGUGUGGAAACUCAUCUUGGGUUAAGGAAAGCAGACUCGUUUUUAUGCCUCUGACGCGUUCAAAUAAUUGAUAAAAAAAAUAAAAUUUGAAUGCCAUCCCUA